GAAUCUUUCCAAUAGAGAGAGAGAGAUUGCAAUAAAAUAGAGGGCAAUGCCAAGACGCACAGAUCAGCGCGGCACGUUCUUGGAUCGCCACCCAUCUCCCUAUUUGAACUCGUUUUCCGAUCCCAACUCUCUCCUCUCACGUUUUGCCAGGUCUACACUUCUGUCUUCAUCAACAUUGCCUCUCUUACUCGCCAAUUAACUCUGUCAAAUAAAUAAAAGUUUUCUCCUGUCCUUUUCCCUCUCUCAGCUUCCCACAAAGAGGACCCUCUUCCCCUCUCUCUUUCUCUCUAUAUAUAAAGGUUGCGCCUUUAGUGGCAUUGCAUGUGACUGCUGUUUACAUGCUGCGGGAGCCCCUUCUUCUUCCACUAUCACAUACUCUUGAUGGCUUUCUUUACGCCCUUUUGAUUGCAAGUUGAAACACCGAUAUUACAAAAUCUGGGGCUUUAUCAAUUUGUUGGCAUUGGCCUUCAUUAUAGUAGAGGAAUCGAAUUUUCUUGUGAGGGAGUGUGAAUUGAGCAAUGACGAGGGGAGCUGUGUUUGUUGCAAUUGCGGCCGCCAUUGGCAACUUCUUGCAAGGAUGGGAUAAUGCUACCAUUGCAGGAUCUGUGCUUUACAUCAAGAGGGAAUUUCAUUUGGAGACACAGCCUACAAUAGAAGGGCUUAUUGUUGCAACCUCCCUGAUUGGGGCAACAGUUAUCACUACAUUUUCCGGACCAGUAGCUGAUUGGCUCGGACGUCGUCCAAUGCUAAUAAUCUCAUCUGUUCUGUAUUUUCUUAGUGGACUGGUAAUGCUGUGGGCUCCCAAUGUGUACAUGCUCCUUUUGGCAAGGCUCUUGGAUGGUUUUGGGAUUGGUCUUGCAGUCACUCUUGUUCCUGUAUACAUAUCCGAGACAGCUCCGCCAGAAAUAAGGGGAUUGCUGAACACUCUCCCUCAAUUUACUGGCUCCGCUGGAAUGUUUUUGUCAUACUGCAUGGUCUUUGGGAUGUCGUUGAAGGCUUCACCCAGUUGGAGGAUGAUGCUCGGGGUUCUUUCUAUUCCUUCAUUGCUCUAUUUCGCGUUGGCAUUGUUUUACUUGCCUGAAUCCCCGAGAUGGCUAGUGAGUAAAGGAAGGAUGAAAGAGGCCAAGAAAGUUCUGCAACAACUACGUGGACGAGAAGAUGUCUCAGGUGAAAUGGCUUUAUUACUCGAGGGUCUAGACGUCGGAGGUGAGACAGCCAUAGAGGAAUAUGUCAUCAGUCCCGAUAAUGAUCUUUCUGGCAACCAAGAUCAUGAAGUGGAGAAAGAUCGUAUCAAAUUAUAUGGGGCUGAAGAGGGCCAAUCGUGGAUCGCCAAACCCGUUGCUGGUCAGAGCACUCUGGGUAUGGUCUCCCGUCAGGGAAGUAUGGCUAACCGGAGUAUGCUUAUGGAUCCGAUGGUCACUCUCUUUGGCAGUGUUCACGAGAAGCUCCCGGAAAUGGGAAUGGGAAGCAUGAGAAGCAUGCUCUUCUCGAAUUUCGGCAGUAUGUUUAACGUAAAUCCCGACAAUCAAGCUAAAAACGAUCAGUGGGAUGAAGAAAAUCUGCAAAGGGAAGAGGAUAAUGCUGGAUCUGAUCAUUCUGGGAAUGAAUCUGACGACAACUUGAGGAGUCCGUUGCUUCGCCAGGAUACAAAUGCUGAGAAGGAGAAUCAUGGAGAGCAACUCGGCAGUGUUGGAAUCGGUGGUGGUUGGCAACUAGCAUACAGGAAAGACGAGCAAAACUCAGGAGGUCUUAAGAGGAUCUACUUACACCAAGAGGGGGGUGCUGCUGCAUCAAGGCGUGGUUCGCUCCUUUCCAUACCAGGAACUGAUGGACCGUCUGACGGCGAAUUGGUUCAUGCUGCUGCCCUAGUGAGCCAUUCUGUUCUCCGUGCAGAUGACGUCACCAGUCAUCAAUCUAUUGGCCUGGCAACGGACAAGAAACCAGAAGCUGCUGCUAAAGGUCCUAGCUGGAGGGAUCUUUUCGAACCAGGCGUCAAACAUGCACUUGUUGUUGGUGUAGGACUUCAAAUUCUUCAGCAGUUUUCUGGCAUUAAUGGAGUUCUCUACUACACACCACAAAUUCUGGAACAAGCCGGCGUGGGAGUUCUUCUUGCAAAUUUGGGCCUCACCUCAGAAUCUGCGUCUCUUCUCAUCAGUGGUCUCACUACAUUGUUGAUGCUUCCUAGCAUUGGUGUUGCAAUGAGACUCAUGGAUAUUGCUGGCAGAAGGUGGCUCCUCCUCUCGACUCUGCCCGUGCUGCUGGUGACGCUGGUCAUGCUGGUUCUUGGCAACGUGCUCGAUCUGGGAUCAGUGCCUCACGCUGUGAUCUCAACCGUCAGUGUGAUCGUCUACUUCUGCUGCUUCGUGAUGGGAUUCGGACCAAUCCCGAACAUCCUAUGCUCGGAGAUCUUCCCCACCCGCGUCCGUGGGCUCUGCAUUGCCAUAUGCGCCCUCACGUUCUGGAUAUGCGACAUCAUCGUCACCUACAGCCUCCCCGUGAUGCUCAACUCCAUCGGCCUUGCUGGCGUCUUCUCCAUCUACGCGGUCGUCUGCAGCAUUGCGUGGGUGUUCGUGUUCCUCAAAGUGCCGGAAACCAAAGGGAUGCCGCUUGAAGUCAUCACGGAGUUCUUUGCAGUGGGUGCCAAGCAAAACGCAGAAAGUGGAAGCAACUGAAAUUGGUUGGUAUGUUUUUGGGUUUUAUUUUUCAUUGUUAUCUGAGAAGCUGAUGAUCACCUCAAAGAAGAUGAUUGUUUAUCAAGAUUGAUCACAGCAGAGAGAAAGUCAGGAAAAGAAAAAAAGAAAUCGCUGCCACAUCUCUUGUGUUUUUCAUUAUAUAUAUGUUCAGUUUCUGCAGCUGUUACAGUGUUUAGAUACAUCUACAAAGAUUUUGGUAUAAAGUUACGUUCGAUGCUUCAUUUCAA